AUGGCGAUUCCCACAGAGCCGCUGCAGGACGACAUGCCAAUUCGAGAGCCAGUUGCCAUUGUGGGGAUGGGAUUGAGGCUGCCAGGCAAGAUCCACUCACCCGAAUCGUUAUGGCAGUUAUUGGUAAACGGGGCAGAUACCAGAGGGCCCAUUCCGAUCAGUAGAUACAACCCGCGUGGGUUCUACUCGGCAUCGAAACGAGUGGGAACAAUUGGAGUGGAAUUUGGCCAUUUUCUCGACGAGUCAGAUGCAAUCGAAUCUCUGGAUUCGUCAUUUUUUGGCAUGAGCAAGGCCGAGUUGGAGAAGCUUGACCCGCAACAGCGCAUGCUGCUCGAGGUUGUUUGGGAAUGUAUGGAAAACGGAGCCCAACGUGGGUGGCACGGAACUAGAACUGGGGUCUUUGUUGGAACUUGGGGUGAUGAUUGGUUGGAUCGGCUUGCGAAAGAUGCACAGCAGAGCGGAGGCAUCGCCAAUGUGUCGGGGGCUGGCGACUUUGCCAUCUCAAAUCGAGUCUCGUAUGAUUACGACCUCCGAGGGCCAAGCGGAGAAUGUGACGCGGCGAUUGUUACCGGAACCAACUUGAUUCUCACACCCACCCAAACCAUUGCUCAAACCGAAGCCGGGGUUCUAUCACCGACGGGCGAAUGCCGGCCAUUUGACGCGUCGGCCAAUGGAUAUGCUCGCGGGGAAGCCAUCAAUGCAAUCUUGAUCAGAAGACUCUGUGAUGCGGUAUCUGCGAACGACCCUAUCCGUGCGGUGAUUCGAUCCACCGCAGUCAACUCGGAUGGCAGAAGUGCUGGUAUUACCGUUCCCAACCCGGACGCACACGAGGAACUGACCAGACAAGCAUACGCCACUGCUGGGAUUUCCAACAUCGCCGAUACACCAUUCAUUGAGGUGCAUGGAACUGGAACCCCUGCUGGUGAUCCUCUCGAACUACAAGCCAUUGCGAAUGUAUUUGGCGUUGAACAAGAGACAUACGUUGGGAGCGUCAAGGCCAAUCUCGGGCACGGCGAGGGAGCAUCGGGACUCACCAGCAUUAUCAAGGCUGUCAUGGCACUGGAGAAUAAGAUGUUUCCACCCCAAGUCAACUUUGUAACUCCAAACCCUCGCAUUCCAUUUGAGGAUGCUCGCUUGGUCGUGCCGCGUAAGCCCGUUUCCUGGCCAGCCAGUCGACCUGAGAGAAUCAGUGUCAACUCGUUCGGCAUCACCGGCGCAAAUGCCCGUGUUAUUUUGGAGUCUCCGACAUGGAACGGACUGCACAGGAAGAUUGUCAAACUAAAUGAUGCGAACCGGGGGGCGCAUACCGCAACUGUUGCUUUUAAAUAUGCAAAAAGUCAUCCAGAUUGUAUACAAGCUCUGGCAUACACUCUCGCACAUCGCAGGGAUCAUCUACCCCAUCGAGCUUUUUGCAUUGCCAAUGGGGUGACACUAGGCGAUAUAUCGACCGCGCGGCGAGGGAAGAGAGCGCCAUAUAUCAACUUUGUUUUCACAGGCCAAGGGGCGCAGUGGUUAGGCAUGGGAAGAGAGCUCAUGUACCAUUUCCCGGAAUUCAAGGCAGAUUUGGAGCACUUCAGCACUGUGCUUGCUCGACUGCCCAAUCCUCCAACCUGGAAACUGCUUAACGAGCUACUCCACAACGAUGAGGAGAGCCGGCUCAACAAGGCGGAAUUUGCACAGCCACUCUGCACCGCUCUUCAAGUGGCAUUGGUCAAUUUUCUCCACCGGCUGGGAAUCUUUCCAUCUGCAGUUAUCGGUCACUCCAGUGGCGAGAUCGCCGCGGCGUACACUGCCCAGGCAAUAACGGCAGAUGAAGCUAUAAUUAUUGCUUACUACCGAGUUCUCGUUGUUGCUCACAUAUCGCAAGUUGGUGCCAUGGCGGUUGUGGGAAUGAGUCGCACCGAGGCAUUCUUUUACCUCGAACCCGGGGUUUCUGUUGCGUGCGAGAAUAGCCCGAACAGCAUCACCCUGUCGGGCGACAAGCAGGCACUUGUAAAGACAAUCGAACAAAUUAAAUUAGAUGACGAAACUACUUUUGUUCGUUUCCUUAAAACAGACAUCGCAUACCAUUCCCAUCAUAUGAAGGACUUGGGUUCCAUCUACGAGACGCACCUGCAACGCUUCGUCAAGGCAAAGCCUCCUACCAUCCAGUUUAUUUCCAGUGUGGCAGGUCAGUCGUCUACCAGCGUAUCUCUUGAUGCAGAGUACUGGAGAAGAAAUCUCGAGUCCCCAGUGGAAUUCCUUGCCGCGGUCAGGGCCAUGGUUGCUCGCCCUGAUGGCGACCAACUAUUCUUGGAGAUCGGACCGCAUGCUGCACUGGCGAGCCCAAUUCGUCAAAUAUUUUUCAGCUAUCAAAAAGAACACCAAUUGAUGUACCAGGAAUCUCUGAUGCGCGGCCAGAAUGCGUUGUCAUGCAUCUUGGAAAUGUUAGGGCAGUUGUAUCUGCAAGCCAUUCUCAUACGCCGGGAAGCUUUACUUCCAGAAGAGCCCAUUUUGACGGACCUUCCCCCUUAUCCAUGGAACCAUGAAGAGUCUCAUUUGCUUGAAAGCCGAGUUGUGCGAGAAUGGAGAACCAGACCCUAUCCGCCACAUGAACUACUCGGAUCACGCAUUCUCGAGGGCAACGAUUUGGAGCCCACUUGGCGCAACAUGCUAAGAUUGAGAGAUGCCGCAUGGUUGGAGGACCACAAGGUGAUAGACGAUAUCGUGUUCCCCUGUGCGGGCUACAUCGCCAUGAUUGGGGAGGCAAUUAAACAGGUUGUACACUGGGACGACUUUACCAUUCGGGACUUUCAGUCGCCCUGUUCUGCCGAGUUUCCUCGGAAGGUGCAUUCCCCGUACAGUGUGUUUGACGGGGCAGGCCUCCAUUAUGGUCCAGCAUUCCAAGGUAUUAGCUGUGUAUCUGCAAUGCCCAGAGGCAAAACCGCCGCCGCUACCUUGGGCCCUCCCGUGGUCACAAGCUCAAGUUAUGCCCUACAUCCGACGACUAUUGACCAGUGUCUUCAGCUCCUGGGCUUGGCGACAGCAGAAGGCUUACCGCGCCGUUUCCGGCAUAUCCUCCUGCCAACUGGAAUCGACAGCUUGUAUAUUCAUCCCCGACAGGUACCACAGCCAGUUCCUCUUCAUGCCGUGGCAAAUUGUGGUGCGAACAAAAGCACUCUUCGAGGCCAAAUAAUCGCAGCAGAGAACCAACACGUUCUCCUGUCAAUUCAAGGAUGUCAGUUGUCAAUGGUCGAGACGCCACCUAAUGACAAUCAGGAUGAUCGGAUUGCUGCUGCUCGAUUAAGCUGGAGACCCGAUAUGGAUUUUAUUUCUCUUGCCAACCUGAUGGUUUCUCGAACACAAGAUCCAGCUGCAUUGAGACGAAUAGAGACUUACGGUUUGCUCUGCGCUGCCGAGAUUCAGCGGCGACUUCUGGAAGAUGGAUGUCCCGUCGAGGGCCUUUGGGAAAGCUACUUGUAUGCCAUCACGGGUGAUCGCAUCGAUGCGUCGGAGCUCUUCAUCUCUGCCGGUCAUACCAACCCGACGAUGCGUAUCUUGGAGAUUGGGGCUGGCACAGGAGGGACAACCCUGGUUACCUUGCAAGCCUUGUAUUCAAUCCUGGGAGAGCGACUGUACUCAAAAUAUACAUUCACAGAUAUCUCAUCAGGAUUCUUUCCGGCGGCCAAGGAACGGUUUGCUAGCUAUCCUGGCCUUGAAUAUAGAGUGUUAGAUAUUGGAAAAGACCCUGUGUCACAGGGUUUUGAGGCAGACAGCUACGAUUUGAUUAUUGCAUCGAACGUGAUCCAUGCUACUGAGUCCCUCAUGACCACGUUGGGAAAUGUCCGCACGUUGCUUCAACCUCGGGGCCAUUUCUUUCUUCAGGAAUUGAUUCCUUCUGCAGCCAAAAUGAUCAACAUCAUUAUGGGACCAUUGCCCGGCUGGUGGUUGGGGGCAGCGGACGGUCGAGCGAGCGAGCCAAUCGUCACCCCCGAGCGUUGGGAUUGUGAGCUCCGUGCAGCAGGGUUUGCUGGGGCUGAAGCCAUUGUUCAGGAUGAUCCACACUUUGAGCGAGCCAUUGGGGUGAACAUAAUCGCCAGGCCAAUGGCAAAUUCCUCAGCGGCCCGUGGAGUCACCCUUCUCAUAAGAGAAAACCAGAAAGGGUCGAACUCGGUUGAAACAAUGGAAAAGACCCUUACCAAGAAAGACUACUGCAUCUACUACUGCGUUGUGGGCGAAGAAGUGCCUGCAUAUCAAGAUAUCAUUUGUCUCCUCGAGGUGGAUUCCCCGUUCAUUGGAAUCGGCCAUUCUCGACUUUUGUGGAUAAUGGGUUCCGCACAAGUGAAGCCGAAAGAUCCCUUAUACGGCUGCACAUUGGGCUUUGCUCGGAGUAUUCGGGCAGAGUUAUCAGCAUCUUUUGCCACACUUGAAAUUGACCAAUUCGAUCCUGAAGUCAGCGGAAUCUCGGUUGAAGUAUUUGAAAAGUUCCAGGACACUGCAUCGCUGAUGAAUCCAGAUUAUGAAUUUGCGAUACAGGAAUAUACAGUCCUUGUCGCUCGGUACCACUGGACAAAGGUUUCAAAAGAGCUAACAGUCCUGGUCCAUACAAAAGCGCAGGCUCUUGCACUGGGCAAAGAAACGGACGGAAAUUUAUACUGGAGUUCGGUUCCGCUAGGUCCACCUGGCCAUGGUGAGGUGGCCAUAAGCCCUCGUUACUGUGAAUUUUGGCCCGAGAAACAUUUCAAUAACAAAAGAUAUGAUUUGCCACCACUCGAAGAGGGUUCUGGGGUUAUCAUCGCCGUAGGAGCUGGCGUCCAUACACUCAGACCGGGGGACCGAGUAAUGAUGAUCGGUUCCCAAUGUCUCUCCACGCGACUCGUGCUGCCUGCGGACCAUGUUGUGUCUAUCCCUGAUCUCCUGUCAUUGGAAGAAGCGGCCACGAUGCCGAUUGCGUACUGCACAGCGAUCUACAGCUUGAUCAAAGUGGCCAAUGUACAGAAAGGUCAAUCGAUCUUGAUUCAUUCAGCAUGUGAAGACAUUGGUCUGGCAGCUCUACAGAUAUGUCAAAUGAUCGGUGCUGAGAUCUAUUGCACCGUGAGUGAUGACAAGCAGGCUGAGUAUCUCACGGGCACGUUUGGAAUCCCCUCCACUCAUAUCAUCUUCCUGCUCAAAAGGUCAUUUGUGCAGGCAUUGCUGCAAGCAACAAACCAACGUGGCGUCGAUGUAGUUCUGAAUACGCUCUUUGGGAAACUGCUUCAUGCCUCUUGGAAAUGUGUGGCUCUCUGUGGAAAGAUGAUACAGAUAGGAGGCAAUCAUGUUAAAGAGUGCGCAGCUCUCGAUAGCAGACCAUUUGGGGGGAAUCGAAUGUUUGUUGGCGUUGAUAUCUCUAGUCUGCCAAACUUGUACCAAGAGCUUCUGUGUAAAACGGUCACCUUGUACAAGAAAGGUUUUGUGCAAGCAGCGAUUCCCCAUCGUCUUACACGGUGGGACCAGCUCAAGCAAGUUUCUGAUUCACACACCGAUCGCAGAAAGCCUGUUGUGUCCAUACCUCAUGGAGAUGACAUCAGGACGGCAAGUACAGUUCGAUUCCAGGCGACUCUACACCCAGAUGCCGCAUAUCUGCUUGUUGGGGGCCUUGGAGGCCUAGGACGAGCGGUGUCUACCUGGAUGAUUGAACAUGGUGCACGUCACUUGAUUUACCUCUCACGGACUGUCAGCCAUUGCAGAUACACUGGAUUUAUCGACGAACUUCAAAGUCAAGGGUGCUCAGUGCAAAUUAUUCAAGGUGAUGUCAGCAACGCCGAGGAUGUCCAGGUGGCCGUGAAUCAAGCCUGGCAGCCUAUUGUAGGCGUUUUACACAUGGCGAUGGUUCUCUGCGAUCGCCCCCUUCUCCAGAUGUCUCAUCCAGAAUGGAAAACAGUUCUCCUGCCAAGGAUUCAGGGCACAUGGAACCUCCAUGGCGCUUUGCUGCAUGUUAAGCUCGACUUUUUUGUCAUUUUCGGGUCCAUCUCUGGGUCUUUUGGUAUCACACAUCAGGCGAAUUAUGGCGCAGCAAAUACAUUCCAAGAUGCAUUUGUACAGUACAGACACGCCCAUAGCCUUCCGGUAUCUAUUCUCAAUAUUGGAGCCAUGGCCGAUGUUGGCUACGUGAGCCAGAACCAAGUCGUGGAAGACUACUUCCAACUGAUUGGCAUGCCAUUUAUGGCUGAGGAGGAUUUCUUCGAGGCUCUUCUGCUAUCACUUCAUCAGCAGUCCCCUGCCACAGCAUGGUUUCCAACAGACUCUAGGGACGCUGGUUUUACCAUCACAAGCCAAUUGAGCCUGGGGAUUCGCGCCACAAAACCUAUGAAUGACCCAAGCAAUCGGGUUUUUUGGAAGCAGGAUCGCCGUGCGGAUAUUUAUCGCAAUAUAGAAGCAGCCACACUUCAGGCCGAGAGCAGAGAUAAUGUUGACGCCGACCCCGUGGGCAAGCUGAUGAACGCGAUCCGAGAAAGUCCAGUGGUAUUGGAUCAAGAAGAAAUACGCAAGCUCUUGGCAAAGGAAAUCGGAGUCCACAUAUAUCAGCUAAUGCUCCUUCCAGUGACGGAACUGGAUGUAUCCAAGCCGUUGGCAACUCUCGGGGUGGAUUCACUGGUGAUCAUCGGCAUUCGAAGCUGGCUGCGUCGGAAGUUGGAGGUGGACAUCAGCACAUUGGAGAUCCUCAAUGGGGACACAAUUGAUGCUAUUGCGGGUAUUGUUGCUAAACGGCUGAAGGGGAAAUAUGGUCACCAGCUCGAUUCCCAGUCUGUGGACGUUCAGGGUUGUCUAUCUGAUGAACUAGUAGCAGCCUCACAGGCUUAG